UUGUUGGGAGAUUUCAGUCCUUCGAGAAUUUUUUUUCCUGCUUUUGACCUCAACCUUUGGUGAGAGUUUCUUACGUACCACAUUCAUUUAUAAAACAGUGGCUCUAAUAAGCUUUCUAAUGGGGGUGAUUCUUGUUUUGUUCACAAGUUUUCUGAAACUGGGUAAAGAUUCUUUUUCAAACCUGCUUCCAUUUCGAGUCGAGAGAUAGACAAAUAGACACGUCCCAUUGCACUAAUCGGAGGUGUUCUGAUUGUAUAUUCGGUUGAAGAUUUGUCUCAAAUAUCCAUCUCAGAUACACUUGGAUUGAGAGAGAUUGAGCAGAUUGGCUCCAAUUGAUUAGAGGAUUGGCACAAGCCCUCUUUUUGGACUUUGAGCAUCCAAGUUGGAAAAGCAUGCUUGAUGAAUAGCUCAUUGAUUCCCUUUCCAAGUUGGAAAAGCAUGUUUGAUGAAUAGCUCAUUGAUUCCCUUUCUCUCAUAUCUAUAUCUGUGCCUUUGUACAGAGCAAGGUGUGGCAAAAUCAGAGAAAGAAAGUUUUCGGUUUAUAUUUAGGGGAGUGUUUGUAAAAUUCUCCCCGGGCUUAAAAUUCGGCUUCUAAAGGAUGCAGGCAGUAGCCGAAUCACAUACGGAAAACUUUCCAAGAAUAUCGGCAUUUGCUCCCAUGAAGUAAUGGUCCUAUGGCAAAGAAGAGCUGGUUUACUCAACUAAAGAGGUUCUUCAAUCCAGAUACACGUUCUAAACAAGAAAAGUUGGAGAAGAGAAGGAGAUGGGUUUUUGGAAGGGUGAAGAUAAAAAGAUUGGCCUCAGUUUCAGCACCAAUAUCACAGUCAAGGGAAAGACCAGACAAUGGAGCAGAAGAGGAGCAGAGGCAUCAUGACACAACUGUGGAUAUUGCAACUGCUGUUUCUGCUGAGGUUGUCUCAGUCACUGGCGUCCCUCAAUCCGUGCAUCAGUGUGGGGAAACUGCAGAUUUUCUAGCCGUUGAUGUCAAAAAAAACCCACCUCGAUCAACACAACGAUGUGAGAGGAAGGUUUUAGACCUCGCAGCCACCAGAAUUCAAACCGCCUUUCGGGGUUAUCUUGCUAGAAAAGCUUUAAGCGCAUUAAAGGGACUAGUGAGGCUUCAAGCGAUUAUCAGAGGCCGAGCUGUGAGACGGCAGGCCAUCACUGCCCUUAAGUGCUUGCAGUCCGUUGUAACAAUCCAGUCCCAGGUCUGUGCAAGGAGGUUUCAAAUGGUGGAAGGCACUAGGAAUUCUCAUGAGAAUAAAAAUGUGCAAGAUUUCAAAGACAAGAUUGAAUCAGAUAGGGAUAGAAGGUGGGAUGAUAGCCUCCUGUCAAAAGAUGAUGCAAAAGCCAUAUUCUUGAGUAAAAGAGAGGCUGCUAUCAAGAGGGAACGGAUAAAGGAAUACACGUUGAGUCAUCGAAGAUCGACAGAAUCAGAAAACAAGGUCGAUGGAAGGUGGAGAUAUUGGUUAGACCAAUGGGUGGAUACACAACUGUCCAAGAACUCAGACACAGCUUUCCCUUCCAAUGUCAGAAUCAGAGAGGAAUAUGGGGCAAAACUCAAACCAAGAAAUUCCCACAGGCCUCAUCACAUAGAAGAUUUUGAAUUGGAUCCUCCAAUAUCCAUUCAAAGAAGAUCAUUUCACCACAAGAAACAGAACUCCGUUGGAAACGACACCGGUUUUCCUAGCUCUCCUAUCGUGCCAACUUACAUGGCUGCAACCGAAUCAGCCAAGGCCAAGCUGCGGUCAAUGAGCUCGCCGAGGCUGAGGAGAGUGAACUUUGAUGCUUAUUCUGAGUCCAAUUCUCCAUACAAGCACAAGCUCUCUCCCAAAUCUUCUAUCAACAGUGAAGUGACAAGCAGCAGCAGGGUCAACGACUGCAACUUCAGCGGCGUUGAACAGAUCUCUCCAUGCUUGAAGGGUUUUCCUCGACCGGUUAAAUCAAACAGAAGUUUGAAGGAUCUCAGCUUUGAUUCAGAAUGCUCGUUUCCGAAUUGGGCUCGAAAUGGCUCCUCCAGAUGAACUUCAAGGGGUGGUGCAAUUCUACUCUCUCUCCCUAUAUAUUAACAUACUGGUGCUUGUGUAUAAUUCUUGCACUGGUGUUAUGAUUUGCAGUACUAUUCAUGUACUAUUAUUUUUGCAUUGCUUAUACUACGGAUAUAUAAAUGUUUAUAGUAUGUCAUUAUACUUCAUAUAGUAUUCGGUUGGAGAAUA